AUGCGCGUCUGCAAGCCGACGUACGGGCUCGAAAAUCGCGGCUACUACUCCGUCAGCCAGGAUAAGAUCCAGAAUGCGGUGGACGCGUUGGUCCAGAUUCCCUUCGAGCAGAUGCGCGACGAGUGGAGAACUCCUCCGCAGCGUACGAUGUGGAGCGUGGAGGACUUGCUGGAGUAUAAGGAAUCCGCGACAGACGUGCAGGCCACGCGGAAAGCGCGGCUGGUCGCGGACUGUCCAGGCCUCUUCACUGGCCCAGGUGGCAGCGAGCUUAAACAAGCCAAGACCUGGCUGCCUGUUUACCUCGCCACGGCUCGAAACGACUCCGAUUCCGAUUCCGAAAAGAGCUCCACAGCCACGCCAUUCCAAGCUGUAAUCGGACUCUGGGCACAGACGGGCAGCAGCCCCGCCAUCCGGUCCCUGUCGCUUUAUUGCAACCACAUGGGAACCAAGCACUCGGUGGAGUCGUUUUCGAAAGGGGGCUUGAGGAUGGCAAUCCAAGUGUUUCAGGAGUACGCCGAAAGUGUCAGUGAGCGAUUUCCGUGCGUCGGUCACGUAUCCGUCCGAGUCAAUCAGGGUAUCGGCACACUGCGGUGGAAGAAGCUACCGAGUUCGAACAGGCAAAAGCUGCGGCUCGUGUAUGACGAUCUGCGUCCCCGGUCUGUGCUUGAAUGGAAAACUCAACUGCAGACCGAGGCGACCUCGCCCACACCAGAGGAAUCAGAAGGCUCAGAGUCCGUCGAUGAAGACGACGACACAAUCUUUCGGGAAAAGGCGGAGAAGAUCGUUGCACGCAUCUCCGACGAACGACUGGAACAAAGAAUGGCCCAUGCCCGCGAUGGUGAACUCUGCUUCAUAGCCAUUGGUGUCGACGAACGCCUUUCGCCCGCCUCGCUGCUCGCCGCAUUGCCAAGCAAAACCUGGCACAUCCCGGAAUACGACGUCACUUUUUUCAUCGAAUCUGGCGAGAAAAAGUUCUAUAGGUGCGGAAAGGUGGAGACUGCGCCGCGCGCCAUAGGGAACAGACUGUCCAUCAACUUCGGGUUCCUCAGGGUCAGGGGUCCGCUCGCUCAGGACGACCCACUCGCCGGCUUUGUUGCUGGAGAGUGCGGAGACUACGGUGUCGUUCUGGCUCGGUCCGUUUCGUAUGCUUUCCGCCACUAUCCUGAUCUGGCAGAGGAACUAGCUUUUGAGAUUUCUCGAGGUGAUCAUAAAGAAUUACCACCGAACCUGAAGAAGCUCGUGCAGCUUGAGGACAGCGCGCGUUAUCGUGCCGCGUUCUCGGCGGCUGCUCGUCGCAAAGAGCUCCUCGCACAUUCUGCCAAAAUCGAGCUCGUAGAAAGCUACGAAUCAUCGUAUAAACACUCGCAGUUAGCAAAGAAACUGGGUCUGACGCUUAUGGUUGUUUCAAAAGCUGUUUGGGAGCUCGUUACAGCCUGUGGGGCAUUUCACUCUAUCCCUCGGUGUGCAGAACUGAGAAUUCUCGCUGCUGAGCCCCAACCGCCGUCGGCCGAUCUGGAACGUUUGCGCGCUGCCAUCGCCACGUUCGCGCCAACCGUUCCCUCGGAGAACGUGUCGAUUCGUAUUUCUGGUUUUGAGGGAGCCCCGAUGGCCAUUUACGAUCAUGAGCAGAAUGUGUUCGCCUUCGCUUCACCGCCCCCGAAUCCUGACUCGGAUGACCCCUUGCACUGGGCGAUUCCAUUCCUCGAGUGUGCACUGACUGCGUUCGAUGGGACAGUUGAUGUCAAAAAGCUCUGCACUGCCUACGCUGCGGCGAAGAACUGGGCUGCACCGCCUGGACAAGAGCCAGGAACCGCUGAAAAUCCAAUGGAUAUUGAUUCAGAUACGGCGCAAUGUCCUGACCCAGAACAAGUGCUCGAUAAUGCGACUGCAGCCGCUGUCGCCGCAGUCACCCAUCUAUCUGCCACAAACAAGCGAAUUUAUCUGGAAUCACAGUGCAAGAUCACCGAACUACAAGAACAGCUGAGGGGUAGCCAAAUCGAACAUGAGGAGGCCGUGAAAACGAUCGAGGUUCUGAAAGAAGAGAUUACCGAACUAAAGAAACAGCUCGGUGAGAUCGAGGGCGUUAUUUUCAGACAUAAGCGCCCAAGGCUGGAGUGAUAUAUUCUGGGCAAAGUCUUCCCCGUAAUCAUGUAUCAUAAAGUUCUUUGUGAGUUCAGCGUCACGAUCCAAAUCGAAGUACCGGUAAAAGAUGAAUUAUUCGGGAAGUGUGGCGCAACGAUU